GACCGUAGGGCGGGCGUUUUCUCUCCGGUCCGGCGUCGGACUUUUGACGGUUGAGUCACAGGGGGUGGGGGGGACGACACAUUGGGUGUAUUUACAACAAAGAGAACCACAAAAAAGCUAGUCUGGAGUGAAAUGAAAGACUAAAAACGACGAGAUUAGCCAGAUUUCGAGAGUAAGUGGACGACGAGGCCACUAACACUUAAAAGUGAAGCCACAAAGGAAAUUCUUGGCCCAAAAAGGACAUGGCGGACGCCGAGCUGGACUUCCAGACGGGCGAUGCCGGGGCAUCGGCCACCUACCCAAUGCAGUGCUCGGCCUUGCGAAAGAACGGCCACGUGGUCCUCAAAGGCCGCCCUUGCAAGAUUAUGGAGAUGUCCACCUCCAAGACGGGCAAGCACGGCCACGCCAAGGUCCACCUGGUCGGCAUUGACAUCUUUUCCGGGAAGAAGUAUGAAGAUAUCUGUCCUUCCACCCACAACAUGGACGUCCCCAACAUUAAGCGGGUGGACUACCAACUGAUCGGGAUCCAAGAUGGCUACCUGUCACUGCUCCAGGACAGCGGGGAGGUGAGAGAGGACCUGAAGAUCCCGGAAGGCGAUUUGGGCAAAGAAAUAGAGAACAAAAACGAAGCCGGGGAAGAAAUCCUGGUAACUGUUCUCAAUGCAAUGGACGAGGAAGCCGCCAUUGGCAUUAAAGCUUUGGGGAAAUAGAGGCAGACAGGGGCUGCCACACCUUGGGUGGAAAAAAGGAGGGAAUGUUGCUAUCCUCCUUUAUUUUUAUUUUUGUUUUAUUUCAUAGCGUCCCUCUCUACUCAUUAGAGCUCGGGUUUAUAACACAUAUUGUAUAUCAUGAGCACUUGAGAUGUCCUCCGAGCAAUCGAGUUUUUAAUUUUAUCCGUUGUUUUAAAUUGCUAAAAGGAAAUGAGAACGUUAAACACUAAAGGAAGUAGAAUUUUAAGUUUGUUUUUUUGUUGUUGCCUCUUUGCAAUGUUUGUCUAAGUACGAGAUCCCCCAUUUCCUCCUGUAGUGUUGGAUGUGUUGGCGUAUUACUCCCUCGGAUGUCCUGAAUAAAUAUUGGAAAAACGUU